GCCAGCAGAUCGGAUAGCUUAAUUAAUCAGAUCUCCGUCGCAACUUCACCUCCUAAGCCUAAUUAAAGAGAAAAGACAAAAAACAGACGGAGAAGCCAUGAUCAGCGUCUCCUCCUCUCAACAUGACAAUUCCCCGUCAGCACCACCGUCACCACCGCCGGAGACCGUCAUAUUCCGCUCCAGACUACCCGACAUUCCCAUCUCCAACCACCUACCGCUGCACACCUACUGCUUCGAAAAACUCUCAGACUUCGCCGACAACCCCUGUCUCAUUUCGGGCACCUCCGGCCGAGUCUAUACCUUCGCCGAAACCCACCUUCUCUCGCGCCGCACAGCCGCCGGCCUCUCCUCCCUCGGCAUUAAACAAGGUGAUGUAAUCCUCCUCCUCCUCCAAAACUGCCCUGAAUUCGCCUUCGCCUUCAUGGGCACCUCUUUCCUCGGCGCCGCCGCCACCGCGGCCAAUCCAUUCUGCACUCCAGCGGAAAUUCACAAGCAAUUCAAAACCUCCGGGGCUAAACUCAUCAUCACCCACUCCAUCUUCGUCGAUAAGCUCCAAACUGGAACAACGGUGAUCACCGUCGAUGACCCACCGCCGGAAAAAUCCUGCCUUCCGUUCACCGUUCUCUCCGACGCCAACGAGUCUGAACUUGCUGAACUAAAUUCUAUAUCCCCCGACGACACGGUGGCGCUUCCUUUCUCGUCCGGAACGACGGGUCUGCCAAAAGGGGUGAUGUUAACUCACCGGAGCAUGAUAACGAGCAUCGCGCAACAAGUAGAUGGAGAAAAUCCGAAUCUUUUUCUGAAAAGUGAUGACGUUGUGCUCUGUGUUCUUCCCCUGUUUCACAUAUUUUCUCUCAACUUUACUUUGCUUUGCUCGCUGAGAUCGGGUGCGGCGGUUGUGACAAUGCCGAAGUUCGAGAUUGAAGCAAUGCUGAGACUGAUACAGAAGCAUAAGGUGACGGCGACGGCGGUGGUGCCGCCGCUAGUGUUAGCUUUGGCGAAAAGUCCUCUGCUGGAGAGCUUUGAUUUGAAUUCUAUAAGAAUUGUACUAUCGGGGGCGGCGCCGCUCGGGAAGGAGCUCCAGACCGCGCUAUGCCGCCGGCUGCCGCACGCAGUCUUCGGCCAGGGCUAUGGGAUGACUGAGGCCGGGCCGGUGAUAUCGAUGUGCCCGGCCUUCGCGAAGCAGCCGACGGAGGCGAAGUCGGUCUCCUGCGGCACUGUAGUUCGCAACGCUGAGCUCAAAGUGAUAGACACUGAAAGUGGAUUCUCCCUUGGACGAAACAAUCCUGGCGAGAUUUGCAUCCGAGGAGCCCAAAUCAUGAAAGGUUAUAUGAAUGACCCAGAAGCCACGUUAGCAAUAAUAGACGUGGAGGGUUGGCUACACACAGGCGACGUCGGCUACGUGGAUGAUGAUGAUGAGAUUUAUAUUGUUGAUCGGGUUAAAGAGCUAAUCAAAUUUAAAGGCUUUCAGGUGCCUCCAGCAGAACUCGAAGCCCUUCUACUAAGCCAUCCAUUCAUUGCUGAUGCUGCCGUUGUCCCGCAAAAUGACGAAGUCGCUGGUGAAGUUCCUGUUGCUUUCAUUGUUCAAUCCAAAGACACUGAACUCACUGAAGAAACUGUAAAAGAGUUCAUAGCCAAACAGGUGGUGUUCUACAAAAGAUUGCAUAAAGUGUACUUUGUUCAUGCCAUUCCAAAAUCACCUUCAGGGAAGAUAUUGAGAAAGGAAUUGAGAUCCAGAUUGGCUAAUGCUUCUUCCUUAUCAGCACCACCACAUUGAGCAAUUACUGUAUUUAUAAUUGUUAGGAACCAGCCUUAUGCGCAUUAUAUUAUCAUGGAAUUCUAAAUGGAAUAUUAUUUUGGUGAUCUUAGAUGUUUAUUUAUA